AUGAUGAAUAUUGUGAAGUUCUUGAUCAUCGCUAUCGUUGGGACCAUCUCGGUGGCUUUAUGUCCAACAUUUGUCCAAUCUCGAAAGACAAAAUGUGACUGGCUGGGUGGGAAUUGCAUCAAAGGUGGAGAAGAAGAGACCAUGAAGAUGAGUUCUGGUCUGGAUGUGAGCCGUAGGGUCUUGCAAGCGACACGAUAUAUAAACUACGAUGCAUUGAAGCACAACGUACCAGCAAAACAACAUGGUCAACGAGACCGACCGGAUAAUCCAUACCGGCGAGGUUGUACUCUCGCUACAAAAUGUUACCGGCUUACGGAUUAA